AUGAAGUUGAUGCUAUGGCUUACUCGAUGUCUCGUGAGGUCUCUCCUUCUCAUCUUUUUGGAUGUACGGAUACAAAGCACUCGCCGAGAGUAUCAACCCGUGCGAUUUAGGGGUGGGAAACCUUUGUCCUUAACAAUCGACUCCCUGGAGAUUAAGGAUACUCCGCUAACAAUCUCGGGAUUUUCGGUGAUUCCAGGUAUCGCGUAUACUGCACCCGAUCUGGAUGCCACUGUCCGUGUCAAACUGAUGACAUUGAACGGGUCCCAAAUCAGCUGUGUCAAAACCGAUGUGGACAAUGGCAAGACGGUUGAUCAGGCAGGUGUGGGCUGGGUACUGGCCGUUGCCACCGGUUUCGGUCUCCUGGCCAGUGCUGUCAUUGCAAUUCUCGGGCAACCCGGUAUUGCCACCCAUGUCUCGUUUCGCGCUCGGCUCCUCCUGAGCUUCAUGCAAUCCCAGGCUAUUGCUGGUAUGAGCUCGAUAAGUUUCCCUCCGAUUGUCUAGUCCUGGACUUUGCGUUUUCAAUGGACUGUGGGCAUUGUUCACCACGGCCCAUUGCAGACGAUCUGCACAUGGUAUCAACGCCCCACCGGUAGUACCCUUCGGGUCUCGUCAAUGUACCCAACGAAUCUGUCUACAUGGCGAAACGGGCACUAGC